AUGAAAAAGGUCCUCGAGAUGGCCAUUGCGCAAAGUCAGAAGAUUCAGACCGAAAUGCCUUCUCCGAAGACCACGAAGCCUCUUGUUGAAUUUACGCUCUUCGCAAAGUUACCACCUGAGUUGCGCCGUAUUGAAGUUCGCCCUACCAUCAGCCGUCGAGUUAUGCCUCUUGCAAUCUUCGGGUGGCACUUUGAACAGUCACCAACCUUACAUUACCGCUUUGAUCUCUGUCACAAUGCACGCAAUCACAAGAUAUUCCGCGGUAAUACUGCGAAGUCUGCUGCUGCGAAAGAUGUUGCCAUGCUUUUUAUCUGUCGAGAGUCUCGAUUCGAAUACUUGAGCUCAAAACCGAAGUUCCUACCUGGUGGACAGCGCCCAGAGGGGAAGAUCUAA